AUGGAUCACGCAGCACACAAGCGUGUAGAUGUGGUGGUGAUGGACCGGUUUGGUGUCCGGUCUGGUGUCCUCCAGCCAGCGCAGGUGGGUUACUUUAUAGAUGUCACAGCUGAUGACAACCUCAUAUACAAUAAGUUACCCAAGGGACUGCGUAGACUGACAGCUUCUGCUAUGGCCCUGUUCCUUGCAGCAUCUCUCAUCUCAUAUUCCUGGAGUGCUCCUCAGGGUCACUUCCAAAGAAGAAACUGGACUCCUCAGGCUAUGCUUUAUUUAAAGGGUGCACAGGGACGUCGUUUUAUUUCUGACGAGAGCCAAAGGAAGGAUCUAUACGACAGACUGCAGCUAGAAACACGCAGCCAAAACUCAAAUCCUGUAUCUCUUUCGGAAGCUGCUGCACUAUUUCUCAGCUCCUUACGGAAAGCACAAGAAGAAGCUGAAGAAGAAACAAGUGAUCACCUGGGAUAUUUGACAAAUAAUCUAUUAAACUGGUGA